AUGCCAUCCACCAACGGAACGAACGCCAAGCUGACGCUGUACACGGCCAAAGUGUGCCCUUACGCCGCGCGCGCCGAGCUUGCGCUGGCAGUCGCCGGCAUCGAUUACGAGACGUUUGCGGUGGACCUGCUCAACAAGCCCGAGUGGUACGCCGAGCGGAUCAAUGCUGCUUCCAAAGUGCCGGUCCUCGUCAGCGAGGAGAACGACCACCAAUUCAAACUGCCAGAAUCACUCGUGAUCGUGGAAUACAUUCACGACCUCACCUCGUCCAUCUUCACCUCGACCUCGCCUGCCCACAAGGCGACCUCGCGCUAUGUGGUGGAGCGAUACGCGCAGCUCGUGCAGCCGCACUACUACGCGGCGGCCAUUUUGCGCGAUGAAGCUGCGGUGGGCAAGCUGAGGGAGGGGUUGAGGUCGUUCAAUGACCUGUUGGAGAGCUUUGAUCAAGGCAAAGGAGAUUUUGUGCUGGGUGAGGAGAGGUUCGGAUACGCCGAUCUCAACAUCGUCCCCUUUGUAGGGAGGAUCUUGAGCAUCAGCAAGCACGGUCUGCUUCCCGAGAGAGAGGGCAACAAGGUCUACGACGAGGUGCACGCGGGCGGAGAGGGGUUCGGCAGACUCAAGCGAUGGUGGGACGCAGUCGAGCAAACAGAGGCGUGGCAAAAGGUCUGGGAUGAACAGGGCUAUCUCGAGCCGGUCAAGCGAAAGCUGGCGCAGCAGUCGUAG